AUGGCACCGAGACGUCCGCCGGGGGGUUCCAGCCCGGCACCAGAAUCCAAGAAGCCUCGCAAGGGUUUCCGCGUCGGCCCGGACAAUCUCCCUGACGGGCCGUGGCGUCGCAAGGUCACCAAGAUUAAGAAGGACCUGAUCCACAAGGCCAAGGUCAAGAAGCAAUACGCCAAGAUUAAAGCCCAAGAACAGCCUCAACAGCUGCAGGAGAAAAGGCCUGACGGGGACAAGCAUGACGACGGUCAAGCAGCAGCAGACCCAGCCCUCCACCCCACCCGCCAACUCAUGCUCAAGGAUGAAGAAGCCGCCCAGACAGGCGUCUCAAGGGGCGGCGGCCACGAUGACGGUGACGAUGAUGACGGAGAGGCUCCCGGCCGUCGCGGUGGUCGCAGUGGCGGCCACAGCGACGGUCAGCGCCGCCGCACCCGUCGUCCAGGCUACUACGACAAGCAGCUCCAGAAGGCCGACCAGCAUCGCGCAGAGGCCGAGGCUCGCGCCCGGGAGAUCCAGCGCCGCAGGGAGGAGCGGGAGCAGAAGAUGGCCCAGAGGGACAGGUACCGUCGUGCCAUGGCCAAGACUGUCGGCCCUGACGGCAAGAAGAAGCUCGGGAGGGAGAGUAACAUUCUCCUCGAAAAGGUGAAGAGGAUCGUCGGCGAGCAGUAG